AUGGCGACCACAAUGCUGUCGAUUACGACGCCCAAGUACAGCAAACCCGAGGGCUACGAGCUCACCACGGUGGCCAAGCCUGCCGUCGCGCAGCCCACUGACGUCCUGAUCAGGGUGCGCGCGGCGAGCAUCAACCCCAUCGACGUAAAAAAGGCAGACGGCCUCAUGAAGAUGGCCGUCCAAGACACGUUUCCAUACAAGAUCGGUUACGAUGCUGCCGGCGUGGUGGUGGAAGUGGGCAGCGGUGUCACGUCAUUCAAGGCAGGCGACGAGGUGUAUGUACGCCUGCCAGAGUCUAACAGAGGUGCAUGGGCUGAGUUUGCCAUGUGCCCGGAGAGCUUCAUCGCGCUCAAGCCCAAGAACUUGUCGUUUGCCGAAGCUGCCUCGCUACCGUUGGCGGCCUUGACGGCGUUCCAGGCACUGCGCGAAUACAAGGGCUCGCUGGAGGGCAAGACGGUCUUCAUCCCCGCAGGAUUGAGUGGUACUGGCGCAUAUGGCUUGCAGAUUGCCAAGCACCUCUUCAAGGCGGCCAAGGUGAUUACCACCGUUUCGACGAGCAAGAUGCCCAGGGUGCCCGAGCUGCUCGGGGAAACUGUUGUUGAUCAGAUCAUCGACUACACCAAAGAGGACCCUAUCAAGUCGAUCCCCGCUGGGUCCGUCGACUUCAUCUUUGACACCACCGGCCAAGCAACCGAGUUCCUGCCGCUUCUCGUCAAGGGCAGCGGCCUGGUAGUGUCCAUAUCGACUGCUCCCUCUGGCGCGACGCUGCAGAAUUCGAGUUUUAUGGGCACACCGGAAAAGACGCGACUGCCCAUCGUAGUCCGCGUAUUCCUCGACGCGGCGGACCAGCUGCGCAAGCUCCGGGCGCUGUUCUACGGCGUCGAGUACAAAUACCUCUUCAUGGAGCCCAACGGCAGGGACCUCGCGCUGCUCCGAGACGCCGCGGAGAAAGGCGAGCUGCGGCCGGUGGUGGGCUUGCGUGUAGACUUCGGGGAUAUCGACAAGGUGCGUGAGGCGUGCUGGCAGACGUACAAGGGCAAGGGCGGUCUGGGCAAGACGGUGUUUGAGGUGAAGCAGCAGGCGUAG